UAGAAUUUAGAAACCUGCCAGAGCGGAAAACUAGAUACACGCAAGUUCCCCUUCCUCGCGGCGCGGCACCUCAAACUUCUCCAAGCUUUGAUCUAAAACCCCAUCUCGUUGCCCAUCAUCUUCCAAAUUGAUCAGAUCGUCGGGAAUCUUCCAUCGCGUAGGGAUCCGGAGAAAGCCCUGGAAGCGCUGGUGAAUAUUGGGGGAAACACUUCAUCCUCUCCGGUCACUUAAAAUAUUAGCGGCUGCCUGUUCAACAUGAACAUGCAACAAGGUAUUCAGUCAAGAACUUCUGCCAAUGGGUUCAACCGGCGCAGGUUUGAUAGAGAAGGAGCAAGGAUGGAGAAUAAGAUGCAUCCAGGAAAGUCAGGUUCCAACAAUUUUGCAAUGAAUGGAAGCAAGAGUGUACCUGCUAACAGUCCUUCAUCUGAUCGCUUGAUCUAUGUUUCUUCCUGCCUUAUUGGUCUCCAUGUUGAAGUUCAUGUGAAAAAUGGAUCGGUAUUCUCUGGGAUUUUUUGUUCGGUGAAUGCCAAAGAUUUUGGAAUUGUUCUCAAAAUGGCUAAACUUAUUAAGGAUGGUUCUGUCAGAGGACAGAAGAGUGCACCAGAAGCACAUAAGAAGCCUCAAACUAUAAUCAUACCGGCUAGAGAGUUUGUUCAAAUUAUAGCUAAGGAUGUUCCGUUAGCUAGUGAUGAGUUCUCAACUGCCAAUGCACGGGAAAAGAGAAAAGACCUCAUGAUAGAUUCUGCUAUUUCCCAUUCUCAUAAUGUUGAAGUAGAGAGGGAACUGCAGCGCUGGACUCCUGAUGUGGAUGAUCCCGAAUGCCCUGAACUAGCCAACAUAUUUGAUGGAUCCUGGAAUAGGAAUUGGAAUCAGUUUGAAAUAAAUGAGACACUAUUUGGAGUGAAGAGCACAUUUAAUGAGGAACUUUACACAACAAAGCUUGUGAGAGGCCCUCAGAUGAGAGAGAUUGAACGGGAGGCUUCUAGAAUUGCUAGAGAAAUAGAAGGGGAGGAAACUCACGACCGUCAUUUGGCUGAGGAAAGGGGAAUGCAUUUUCCUGACAUUGAUGAGGAAAGUAAAUACUCAGCUGUACAUAGGCAAAUUGAUGAUGGCAGUUUAGAAGAAAAUGAUGAUGUGUCCUCAGAUUCUCUUAAUGCUGAAACUUUUGGUGGGUCUAUCAGUUCUGAAAUACCCACAUCAUAUUCAACCAUCUCCUGGGAGAAAAAGUAUGAUGAAGGAAAAUUUUCAUCACCCUAUUCAUCUGUGGAUGAGGAGAUAUUAUCUACAUCUACUUCUGAUAAAGAUGCAAAUAACUCUGCUAUCAACAAGCAUUCUAGUUCAUCCACGUCUGAUGAUGCAAAGAAGGGCAUAAAUGCUGAUGAAUCCAGCAGCGCGGGUCAUCUGUGUACUGACAAGCCAGUCCAAGAUAAGAAUGAAAACAAAUCUUCCUUGCUUGAGAAAUCUAGUAAGGUUUUCAGGGAAGUUCAUAAAAGCAAAGGAGAUGAAAAUAAAGAUAUGAUUCGUCGGCCUUCAGACCUUGCACCUUCAGACAAGAUUUCUGUCCGUAAUGAACCUGAAAUUCAGUUUGCUGUAACGUCUACAUCAGCUAUGUGUGAGCAUGUUGCUGCUGAUUCUGCUUCUACUGGCCCUACUUUAUCACCAAGCUCUUUGUGUUCAUUGUCUUCUGAAAGGUCAACCCUGAAUCCCAAUGUCAAGGAAUUUAAGCUCAAUCCAAAUGCCAAAAGCUUCACCCCUUCUUCAUUUCGACCUUCUGUGCCAAUGUCUGACGGCUCUUUGUAUUACACCAAUACUGCUCCAACUGUACCACCUAUGCAAAACAUGCCUAUGGGUGUUGGGAUUGGACCACCAUUUGGCGCACACCAAGCCAUCUACAAUCCACAGGCCCCUCAACUACAAUCUUCUCCAUUCAUUCAUGCUAAUGGUCCCAUGUAUGGUACGCAGAUGAUUGUUGGUCAACCUCAACCUUUUUACUACGUGCCGACCUAUCCACCUGAUAUGCAAUACAGAGGAAGAAACUUCUAACAUGAAUCAGACGACAAAUCAUGCGCCGGAGCUGUUGCCUUCCUCCCACCGCUCAUCGUUUUUGAUAUUUCCUUUCAGGCCUUUGCCAACAUACAAAACUCCAAGCACGGCGAUGAGAGUGGCGGCACUUCUCACGUAAUUCAAUAACUUCAUGAAUUCCCAUGGUU